AUGUCCACAGCUGUUGCACCCCCAACAGCAGCACCGUUGCCUCCAAUGGUCGACCGAGACCGAGAUCUCAGCCCCAAGUCAUAUCCCACACUGGCGCCGCUAUCGACGUCGCUCUCGUCUGCCUCGACGCCGUCGCGGGGCGGCCCUGCUACACAUGAUUAUGCUGCGGGAGAGAAGACGACGCCGGACGACAAGCGGUCACCCAAUUCGUCGCGGAGCGGGGGCCCAGCUCCGAAAAUAUCUAUCAAAAAGGAAUCCCCGUCGUCUCCUAGCAUGCAAGCUGGAACAGCUCGACACCGUCCACGGAAACUAGAUCUUUCAUCAGUCGCAACCGGUCAAGGCCCUGCGACCGCACGGGGACCGCUAACAGCUCGAGACGGACUGGUGAUGCAUGACGUCGGCCUUGCAUGUCUAUCUCCUGGAUUCCAGACCCAGGACCCUACCAUGAGAGAACAGCUUCAGCGAAGCAUCUCUGUCAGAGAUCAGCAACGAUCGAUAAUUGAAUCACGUCUACAGAAAUCCGCAAAGGGGGACGGACCGGAUGCCGUAAAGCCCUCUGAAUCAAAUCUCUUCGGCUCCUCAGGACCCAAAACAUCUACCAAAAAACGGCCGCCCCCUGGCCUCUCCAUCGUCGCUCCGUCUGCUGCCACUUUCGCCAACGAACGAGUAAUCCAGUCUGCACCACUUAAUCAAACAUUCACUGGCCGCCGCCAACCACAGCCCCUAACUCGCCAUUUCGUCAAUCCGCCAUCAGAUUUUGCUUCUUCUCCACAUAUCCAUCACACACCCGCGAAUCAAACAAAUAACCGCCUGCCACCAAUCUCAGACGUAUUCGGCGCUGACGCACUAGCUCCACGAGACAGAGAUAGAGACAGGGAUGGAAACAGCCGAAACGGAUUUGGCCAACACUCGCAAUCCAACAACCAUGGUCCGCUUCCUUCUCCCGGCCACACGGGAAACCCACCCAGCAGCGCAAUAUCAGCUAAACGACCACGAGAAUACCGCUCUGCAGAGGAAGCUGUCCACGAACUUGCGGGUGGUCGAGAAGAACUUCUUCCACGAAUCGUACAUUACAGCGGAAACAGGCCUAACAGCCCCCGAUCGCCGCUAGGAAUCCACAGCAGCAGUAACGGCGACGGACCCCAUGCAGGGCACUCGUCCCACCACCAACAACAACAACAACCACAACAUGCCAGCGGUGGCCCAUCCAGCAGCCAAUACCCCAACCAGCCAUCUCUUGGAUUUCCUGCAUCGGGCGCUCGUCGACGUACCCGAAACGAGUAUGAGCAAGAUCACGGUAGCCCACCUCUUGGAAGCGGCCCUGAUUCUCGAUACAGGCCUCCUCCCACCUCACACGGGCCGUUCGGUGCAGGACGAGAUUCGCCCGAUACGCAACGAAGGAAAAAGGAAGAGUUCUUAGGCCUGUGUGCUAGAGCAUGGGACCUGUUCCAUUCAUAG